AGCUUUAAAAGCGCGUGUCAUCUCGACUCCGCCGUCCAAAACGCAACUCCUCGGGAAAUAUAGCCUACAGACUGAGAGGAACAUCGGGAGCGGAGAGUCACGACCGAGUGGAGGAAGAACACGAGAAGAAAAAAAAAGACAAGACCACUUGAAGCGUGUACUGAACUGGGUGGAGAUAUUUUCAGAAGUUGAAGUUUCUAGUGACUGGCUUUGGCUUGGCACCACCGCUCUGACCUGCAUUUAGAUUUGGUGCGACAUCCGAUCUCUUGACGGGGCGUCCCAUAAUCUUCCACCAGAGCCUUGUGCGCACCCCGUCCACCACUCAGCCACCAUCUCCCCGAGCAGGUCGGUCACUUUUUUGGGGGGAGCUUCGGUUUAAAACAUCAGUGAGCCGUGAGAUGACACUGUCUGGCGGCAGCGACAGAGCCAGCGACAUGUCCGGCCGGACAGUGCUCUGUGCCGAGGACGUUGACAUCGACGUGGUGGGAGAAGGGGACGACGAGGGCGCGGAGCGCAUGGACAGUGACUGCGACAGCUCGGGUGACGGGAUCACGCACGACCUCCGAGGUGGAGGUGGAGACGACGAGGAGAUCGACGAGGAGAUCGAGGUUGAGAAGGAGGCGGAGGAGGAGGAGGAUGAGAUGAUGCGCUCCGGCGGGGGGAGUCCGUGCUGCGAGAGCUCCGGAGAGGGAGAGACGGCCACCGUGAAGGGAGAGGGCGCCGAGCAGAACGGAGGAGCCUCGGGAGGCACCGCACAGAAGCCCAAGAACAGCCUGGUGAAACCUCCGUACUCCUACAUCGCUCUCAUCACCAUGGCCAUCCUGCAGAGUCCUCAGAAGAAACUCACCCUCAGCGGGAUCUGUGAGUUCAUCAGCAACCGCUUCCCUUACUACCGAGAGAAGUUCCCCGCCUGGCAGAACUCCAUCCGUCACAACUUAUCACUCAACGACUGUUUUGUCAAGAUCCCCCGUGAGCCCGGGAACCCCGGGAAGGGCAAUUACUGGACCCUGGACCCACAGUCGGAAGACAUGUUUGAUAACGGCAGUUUCCUCCGGAGAAGGAAAAGGUUCAAGAGGCAUCAGCCAGACAUACUUAGGGACCAGACGGCGCUCAUGAUGCAAAGUUUUGGGGCGUACAGCAUCGGCAACCCGUACGGUCGGCACUACGGAAUCCACCCCGCAUAUUCACACCACGCCGCCCUCCAAUACCCCUACAUGCCCCCAGUCGGCCCAAUGCUGCCCCCGACCGUCCCGCUGCUGUCCUCAGCGGAGCUCAACAGGAAGGCGUUUAACUCGCAACUCAGCCCGAGUCUCCAAAUGCAGCUCAACAGCCUGAGCACAGCGUCCAUGAUUAAGUCCGAGCCGACGAGUAGACCGUCCUUCAGCAUAGAGAACAUCAUCGGCGUGUCCAGCACUUCGUCGUCGAGCGUGGCACAGACUUUUCUUCGACCCCCUGUCACCGUUCAGUCGGCUCUGCUGAGCGCCCAGUCGCUCUCCCUCACGCGGUCAGGUAUGGGGCCCAUCCUCAGCGUGCCGUCCAACCUACUCUCGGGACAGUUUUUACCCUCAGCCGCAGCGGUGUCCAAGUGGCCCUCUCAGUGACUUUAGAUGACACUCUUUAUUUUUUAUACAAAGACUACAGAAUUGUUUUGGGACGAAACAUGAGUGAAAAAGACAGCACUGGACUUUAAAGCCACGUAAAUACAAAGGAAAAGGAAAUAUUUAUGUACAGGUAAUAAUUGUAAAUAUUUGUAAAACAAAAAAAAAGGAUUUUACAAGUGGGUAUUUUAUCUGUUUCUUUUCGAAAUGCUCCAUCUGGGCGUUUAGUGAUAUCAUUGUUUCGUUUUUUUUUGUAUGGGGGACAAAUUAUAAUUGGACUAAAUAAUCAAGUUGUGCUUCCUUUAAGAAAACAAACGAGCUGAAAAGCAGAAUGUUUUUAAAUACAAAUGUAGGGUAAUUCUAUGUAGCUAUACUGUGUUGUAAAUUUGAUUCAUUUGUAAAUAAAUAAGAGAAUUGACAUCUAUUUUC